CCGACCUAAUAGUGGUUAUCUGGCGGUGCUUAAUCUGAUUCAUUCCAGAGACAAUAGAUAACUAAUUCAUUCCAUUUUGGCGAGUGGUUUGACUUUGACGUAUAGAUGGUUGCGUUGCAUGUUGCAUUGGAUAACGCCCAGAGUGCUUAAAUUUCUUGUCAUCUGUUACAUAUUUCGCGGAUCUAAUUAGUUUUUAUUCUCUAAUUUGUUACAAUAGCGAUGGAAGGGACAAAAUUGGAGAUAUCCGGCCAGGCAAAUAAUGAGACCCGUUCCCCUACGGCGACAUAUAAACCCAUACCAGAAAAAGACAUGGAAGAAGAAGCAGCUUCGCGUUCUAAAUCUCUGACAAAGGUCAAGUCUGGUAAAGAAGCUGACGGUGCAGAUGAAAAAAUGCUUCCUCAAGAUGACGAUAAAGUUAUCAAUUCUGGUAUCGUUCUUUCAGAUGUUAAAAUUUCUCCUAAUGAGAAACAAAAUGGGGACGCAAAACUUGAUAUUGGUGAGCCCAAAUUAUUUGGAGGAAUGGAUAAAGAGGAAUUAAUGAAGUAUGCAAACGACCCGUUUUGGGUUCGUCUCCGUUGGUUCCUUUUCAUUACUUUUUGGGUAUUGUGGGCUGCUAUGUUGGUAGGAGCUGUAUUGAUUAUCUACGCCGCACCAAAAUGCGAUCCUCCGCCACCCAGAACUUGGUGGCAAGAAGGUCCUUUAACCGAAAUUCAACCGGACACAACUCCAGAAGAUCUAAAAUUAAUUGAUAAUAACGUGAAGGGAAUUAUUGUGAAUUGGCUCGAAGACGCUUACAUUGACUUUGAUGAAUCUCACGAUAUCAUCAAACUGAUCAAGCAGGCAAAGGAUUUGGAAAAGAAAGUAAUUAUUGAUUUAGAUCCGUCUGCUUCAAACAUUUGGUACGAGGAUAGUGAAAGUAAUAAGGAAAGUUUGAGCGAUUUCUAUAUAUGGAGGCCUGCUAAAAAUACUGCAGAUGGUGGUGCUUCAGUACCUAAUAAUUGGUUAAACGUAAACAAUCAGUCGUCUUGGAAAUUUUCCACCAAAAGACAAGAGUUCUAUUACGCGCCGUUCGACAAGCCUCACCUAAACUUUAGAAAUGAAAACGUGACUAAAAAAUUCUCCGAUGUGAUUUCAAAGUUCCUAGAAUACGGCGCGGCUGGGAUCCGCAUAAAAAAUGCCCCCUUCUUACUCGUCGAUCCGGAAUUCAAAAAUGAGGAUAUCGCAGUGGGAGCCUCGGCCGUUGGCUUCGGCCUUAAACAGCACAACUUCUACACCCACAAACGAACACAGAACCUGCCCGAAUUAGGCCCAUUGCUGAAACAGUGGAGGGCGGUGGUGAAGAACAAAACGGGGGAUGGACCUUUCAUGGUAGAAGAGGAGUUAACUAAAACCAACGUUUAUAGGGUUAACACGGCCUUGAUGGUCGAUUUGCCGGUUCAAGCUCACGCGUUUACCAAGCCGAAUAUUUUGGUCGGCGAAUUGAUUAAGAGCUUGAAUGAUACGUUCAAUAUAGAAAAUAUCGAAUGGCCACUGUGGGUGGUAAACACUACAGCAUUGCCCAAGGAUGUUUUAAGCAUAUUGACGAAUUUAUUGCCUGGCGUACCAUUAAUAGAACCAACCGAUGUUCCGAAUAAGCAUCUUUUAAAAAUACGGACUUCGCCUUCCGUGAUGCGGGGCAUUUGUAGUAUUCACAGUGUGAAUAACGAAACCGCGUUUGGGUUUAUUAGGGUUACUUCAGGAAAUCCCGGAGUGUUAGUAUUACUGAAUACUCAAAAUGAAAAGGUAACCGUAAACGUUCCAAAAGAAAUUCCAGCCUUGUCUUCAUUGACAGAAGUAACUGUGCAGCUUUACAGUGAAAAUUUCAAUGAAACGGAGUUCUUGGAUGUGAAUGCCAAGAAGGAUGCCAGGGCGGUACCGAUAUCACCAAAGUCUGCUAUAGUAUUAUCGUAUGUUCCGAAGAAGAAGGAAUAAUCGAGUCAAACAAAAUUCAUAAUUACUGGAGUAAUGCUCAUUUGCUUAUGUAAUAAAUCGAGUAAAUAAAAAUGUAACUGCAUCA